CUGCUGGAAGAGUGCGUGCUACACUAGAAUCAACGAAAUACCGACGAGGCAGAAAUUUCGGAUGACAAUUUUUUGUAAAGCACUGGAAGGAAUCGACGGGGUUCAAACAACGACCGAAGAAUACGAAGAAUACGAUUUUGCGAGCACCGAUGCGCUACAGGGUCUACGGCAUGUGAGAGUACACGUUCCUGUUGCUGUGAAGGUAGGCGAUUCUGCGAUACUUCGAUGCCUUUUUGAGCUAGGCGAAGACACGCUCUACUCGGUCAAAUGGUACAAAGGAGGGCGAGAGAUCUUCCGGUACCUUCCGAGGGACACUCCAUCCAUUAAGAUUUUUCCAAUAAUCGGCCUAGAGGAUCUGCAUAUAGAGAAAUCAAAAAGUAACGCAACUCACUUAUUUAUCAAGAAAGUGACGAUCAACUUGUCUGGCCGAUACAGCUGUGAAGUUUCCGCCGAUGCCCCUUCCUUCAGAACUGCAUUUGCAUUUGGCAAUAUGAAUAUAGUUGUUGUCCCUAAAACACUGCCAGAGGUACAUGGCAUGAAACCAAGAUAUCGAGUUGGUGAUGUUUUAAAAGCCACGUGUGUUUCUAAAAAUUCGAGGCCUGCAGCCAAUUUGACAUGGGCUUUAAAUGGCAAUUUGAUUGAUUCUGAGCACAUAAUAAAAACAAGCGUAAGAAAUGAAGUAAAGACGAAUUUAGAAACAUCCAUUUCGACCCUUAGCAUCGAACUCCAAAGGCAUCAUUUUUCUGAAAGCGGUCGAUUAAAAUUAAGAUGCACAGCUAGCAUUCAUAAUAUUUAUUGGAGAACAUCGGAAAACAGUGCAGAAGAGGAGAAACCGAAGGAAGCGGUUCCAGCACAAGACUACAGGCUGCACGUGGCCCAUUCGACGGAAACUACUGCUUUGCCUUCAAGCAGUAGCAGUUCAAGCGAAUCGCUUUUUCUACCAGCAGUCCAAAAUAAACUUUGGCCAUUUUACAUGUCUGUAUUGAUUUUGUACAUAAAUAAAUAUCAAUGCACUUUAAUUUUGUAUUAAAUGUUUUGCUGACCAUUUGAGUAUUAACUGUGUAA